AUGAAUGGUCAAGUCAAAUCGAUGGCGGGUGCGGAAAGGGCACAGUAUAAAGUCAAAAGAGAUUGUCAACUGAAAACUGGUGGGGAAGCAACACUUGUUCUGAAGUAUAGACACAUUUCAGCAUAUCUAUACCCACUUAAUUUACUGCCGCGAGAGCUACAGUGUAUAUCCCAAGGAUUGCAUAACCAAAUAUUACCAAGCACACAACAUUCUAAUCAUCAUGGGUGGCAAGUAAAUCAGGAAACAGAAAGGCUACGACGGCACGGGAAACAUAUUUUUCAAUAUUACGUGCUCCAUCAUCUAAAAGUUUUCCGCACACUAAGUUACCUUUCAAACUCCGAGCUCGAAAUCUUAAACGAUGUAGAAACUUUACUUGGACACGAAAUUAUUGAAGAAUUUAUGAGACUCAACUCAUUAUCACAAGACGUUGAAAUACAAUCCAGGUUUCUAAAGAAUGAGUUUAUUGAAAAAGAAUUAUUUUUGCAAAAAAAACAAAAGAUUUUGAAAGCCACCACCAUAGGAAGUUUUUACACAAUGGUUGGAAUCGUGCACAUCAACCAUAAUGCCGGAUACAAGGAAUUUAUGGACAAGAUGAUGAGUGGAAGCAGGGGCUUUAUAGAAAUAUUGAAGAACCAAAACUAA